AUGAAGCGGCCCACACUGUCCUUGACGAAUGGUUGCUGUCCCCACCUAGACACUUUUACCAUGGCACCAAUGAGUCCGCGCAUCUUUGCCCCUCUACUCCUUGCUCUGCUACUGGGGCUCCAGUUUGUUAGCGGAUCCCCCGUGACGCUCUACGUGGUUGAUCAGCCCCUAUCGGAUGAUGUAGACACAGUGGCAUCUAUCGAGCAGGGGUUUACCAUGCGCUUUUCCGCACUUGGACCUGGGGAAGACGGCAUGACGCGCUACGCUCAAGAGGUAGUUCGGAGCCGGUUGGUCCUCCAUGCGCCCGACGAGACCAGAACUCUUCUCAACGAACCCGUGACACUCUAUAGGACUUUCGAGCAAGGUGCCACGCAAGAGAAAGCUUCCAACCCUCUUACUAUCGCAACGCAUGGGCUCGGGCACCUUGUUUGGCAAGGCCUGGACAGCACUUGCUCUCUGGACAUCCCUAACAACCGUGGCUCGUGCGUAGAGGUUGUAGAGAAUGCGCGAGUCCGCGUUGUUGGAGACCCAGUUGCGAAUCCCUCGUUCACGACCAGUAUUUCCACUUAUACAACGACGUACACCGGAGCGUUGCAGCCGCUUGUCACCAUUGACCCGGAAUCCACGACAGCCCCCACCCCCACACCUACGACCAGCGGCGCGUUAUCCUCCGCUGUUGGAUCUAGUCUCGUGCUUGUUAUUGGUGCCAUCACAGGCAUGACCGUACUUUUCCUCUGA